UGCAAGCACUGUUGGCGCUGGAGCGGGAGUGGCAGGCGUGGGAGUGGGCGGGGAACGACACAAAAGCCAAGGCGUGGUGCGAGGAGUGGAACAGCAACAGCGAGAUCGGCGUGUUGUGCGACGGGAACGGCAUGGUCACUUCCUUAUACGGCUUGGAUCCAGAUGUGCAUAUCGAGAGCGGCACGCUGCCUUCAGACAUCACGGCCUUCACCGCCCUCGACACCCU